CUCAUGAUAGGUUGUUACUAAGAUACGUUGAAGACUGACACCAUUCCGGCUUCCGGUUCAUUCCGCUGUGCGCAGAAGUUGCUGGUCACAGGAGCCGCAAUGGCGUUUGUAGUCUGUUUCAGAUAGGGCUGUGGAUGAUAUUAAAUCCACUAGCAUCGCCCUAAAUAUAGGCUUGGUUGAUUCCCAGAGCAACUGAUAAUAAACUGGAACAUCUACUGCACACGAAAAUACUAUGAUUUCUAAUCAAUAUUGAAUUUAUAGGGGAUAAAACUUACAUUAAAGGGAACAUGUAAACAGUACCAACCGGGUCAAGUUUUCAUUUUGUUCGAGAAACGAGCGUCUUUUAAUGAAGACAUUUGCUUGUUUCUAAAUUCUAAGACCGUUAUUCUGUGGAAUAAAAUCACGUUUACUAAACUUGGCACCGGACAAGGACAGCUUUCACAAAGGGACUUUUUUCUUUUUCUUGUCUGCGAGUCAGCUCGCUAGCUGCCGAGCAUUAGCUAGCGGUGCUAGCUAAAUUGAGACGGAGACGACACCAGAAUGCUCCGAUGUUUGGUUGGGAUCUUUUUCAUUCACUGACUUACAUACUUUACAGAUCUGGAAAACUGCCUUGGCGUAUUUCUGUUUUGACGAACUACCUUGGCGAUCUCUGUGGAAUGAAUUGGCUUUGAGGACUGGACGUGAGCGGCCUGGUGUGUUUAUUUUCUGUAACCUUAUUUUGUUGCCCUGUUUCUGCUUAGUAACACUUUUAUUUUGCCAUUUGGAGAAGCUUGUUUUCUUGUGAAUGAACUGCCUGGACCAACGAGGCCCAGUCGCAGGAGAGGUACCGACGCCGGCGUGAGGGAUGCCUGGCUCGGACCGAAACCAUGGGACCAAGAGGAAGCCGGAACCUGGCAUCAGCAGUGUGCCACACCAGACCCAGUCACCGGGAGACAUGACGAGUGAAGACGGCAAGGUGCAGUUAAAAUCUUCAAUGUCCUCUUUGAAACGAAAACGGCAUAAAUCAACCAAACUAAAUCGGGAAUCCUUGGCGGCACCGGGGCCCGAAGAUUUUACCCUCGGCGAUACGGCGCCUCCUGGUGUCAAUACGGUGAAGCCUCUAGUGGAGUACGAUGAUAUCAGCUCCGACUCGGACACUUUCUCGGACCCGCCGUCUUCCAGGCCUUUUGAGAGGGGCGGUGAGGACCGGCUGGAGCCCUCACCAGAGGACGACAGGGACGAUAUCGGCAGAGUGAACAGGGGCCACAGGCACUCCCGAAAAAAGUCCAAGGACCCCAACAAAGUUAGAGACUCUGGGAAUGGGGAACGUGGGUUCAAGAAAAAGAGCAGCAAAGACCGCGAGAAAGUGAGUUCUGGAAAGAGCAAGGAGAAGACUGUCUUGUUAGGCUCCUCGUCUAAACGCCAGGGCCUGUCAGAAGUUGACUCUAAACGUGGGGAGCUUAUGCUUUCCUCCCAGGUACAGCCUGCAGCCAGUGUAGGUAGCACUACUUCCUCCACAUCCUCAUCUCGCAGCAAGGAGAGUAGCCGCUCAGGGAAGUCUCGCAAAGACAGGCAGCAGCGGAGAGAAGGCCGAGGGGAGGGCAGCCACAGCUCCUCCCAGAGGGUCCGGGCCGACAGGAGCCAUCGUAAGUCCUCCAAGAGCCACAAGUCAAGUCCAAAGGGCAAGCCUUCAAGUAGGGGUAGCCCUCGCAGGAAGGGGACCAGCUCUGCUAUGUCACCCAGUCCCAGAAGAGUGGUCAGCAGUGAGAGUCCGCUGGGCAGUGGUUAUGGACAGCAGGGGGAUGACUGCUACACCAGGCGGAGGGUGGCCCAGCAAAGCCCCAGUCCCUAUGGGGAUUUGUCUCGCCACAGCAGACAGAGAUCAGAAAGCCCCUAUGGCAGCAGACACAGGUCCUCUAGCUAUGAGAGGGACAGCAGCCCUUAUUCAAGAAGACGCUCCAUCAGCCCUUAUGGUACCCGCAGGUCCUCCAGCACCAGCCCCGUGUCUCGACGCUCAGGACGCUCCAGGAGUCGCUCCCCUCUGCACUAUUCUUCUUCUCUUCGCUCGUCCUCUCGUUCCCGGAGUAAGAGGCAUACUUCCUCUAGUGGUGCAGGGGCCACCUCCCACAGCAGUCAACCAGCUAGCCGCUCGCCUCCCUCCUCCAGCCUGCCGCUUAACUCCAGCCUGGGAGCGGAGCUGAGCAGAAGGAAGAAGGAACGCCAGGCUGCUGAGGCGGCUGCUCGUGCCAGUGGUGGUGCCUCCCCUCCUCCGUCAGUUCGAAAAUCUGCUAGCUCCUCCUCCUCUUCACGACCUGCUAAAGCUGAGGCUCCACAGCCAGAACGAGAGCUGGCGACAGCAGCGGAACCUCAGCCCCCACCACCCACACAAUUGCCCCAGGAUGUUCCCAGUAGGGAGGAUCAGGUGACUGUGCCUCCUGCCGUCCCUUUCACCACCUCUCCUGCAACUCCUCUCCAGCCCUCUCCUACUGUACCACCCAGUUCAUCCGCCCAGGCUCCACCACGGCCACAUCAAGCAGAAAUAAGUAUUCAGCCUCCUCCGCCCUCCACUACAUCCCAGACCAAAUCACCAGCUCCACCUACCACACGCAGCCCCGCCCGUCAGACCCCUCUGCAUAAGACGUCGACUCUGCCCCCCCUGCCUUUACCACCUGUACUGCUGGGAAACACUCAGGACAGCCCAAAGAAGUCCACCCCUCCUCAGAGGCAAUCAAGGAAGGAGAAGGAAGGUCGCAGCCGGCCAUCACUCAUUGACCUUCCUUUACCGCCCACUUUGCCUGGAGGCGACUCGUCACCCCCACAGUUCCCCGUGCACCAGGCUGCUUCACUACCCCAGCCGGCCCUUAAGAAGAGACCAAAGAUUUGCUGCCCACGAUAUGGUGAGCGCAAACAUACCCAGAGUGACUGGGGCAAACGCUGUGUAGAUAAAUUUGACAUAAUUGGCAUCAUAGGAGAAGGCACCUAUGGUCAAGUGUACAAGGCCAAGGAUAAAGACACUGGUGAACUGGUGGCUCUGAAGAAAGUGCGUUUAGACAAUGAAAAGGAGGGAUUCCCUAUCACCGCCAUCCGAGAGAUCAAGAUCUUGCGGCAGCUCAAACACCGCAGUGUUGUCAACAUGAAGGAGAUCGUCACUGACAAGCAGGAUGCUCUUGACUUUAAAAAGGACAAAGGUGCUUUUUAUCUGGUGUUUGAGUACAUGGACCAUGACCUUAUGGGCCUGCUGGAAUCAGGCAUGGUCCAGUUUUCCCAUGAGCACAUCCGUAGCUUCAUGCGCCAGCUGAUGGAGGGCCUGGACUACUGCCAUAAGAACAACUUCUUGCACAGAGACAUCAAAUGCUCCAACAUACUGCUCAACAACAGAGGUCAGAUCAAACUGGCCGACUUUGGUUUGGCCCGGCUUUACAAUUCAGAGGAAAGCCGGCCAUACACUAAUAAAGUAAUCACACUAUGGUACCGACCCCCUGAACUCUUGCUGGGGGAGGAGAGGUACUCGCCAGCCAUUGAUGUUUGGAGCUGUGGGUGUAUUCUGGGGGAGCUCUUUACAAAGAAACCCAUCUUUCAAGCUAACCAGGAACUUUUACAGCUGGAGCUCAUCAGCCGUCUGUGUGGGAGUCCUUGUCCUGCAGUUUGGCCCGAUGUCAUUAAACUUUCCCUUUUCAACACCAUGAAACCCAAGAAGCAGUACAGACGGCGACUACGGGAGGAGUUUGCCUUUUUACCUACACCUGCCCUGGAUUUGCUGGACCGAAUGCUGACCCUCGACCCUGCACGGCGCUGCACGUCCGAACAGGCUCUCAACAGUGACUUCCUGUGUGAUGUGGAGCCCAGCAAGAUGCCGCCCCCAGAUCUUCCACACCAUCAGGACUGCCACGAGUUGUGGAGUAAGAAGAGACGGCGUGCACGUCAGAGCGGGCUGCCAGAAGAUACAUCUGUGCCCAAAGUGCCCAAGAAAGAUGCAACAGGAGCCUCCAGCGGAGAGAACAGUCGGCACCAGACCAGUCCGUCUGGAGCCCCACCACCUCCACCGGAGAAACCAGUCUGUACCACCAACUUGGAGAGUGAGUUGUCAGGCCUGGAAGCUGCUGCAGAGCACUUGAACCAGACGGAGUUAGCAGUGCUGAUGAACCUCCUCCAGGGGCAGACAGAGCUCAGCCUGCCCCAAGUGGCACAGCUCCUCAACUUCUCUAAUCCAGAGACUCUCAGCCAGUCAUUGUCUGCCCUCAGUGAGGCUAUUGACCACCAGGGGGCUCAAGAGGACCAGACUCAGCCUGCUGUCAGGUCCCAGCCCCCUGAGCCGCCACCUGAACCCCAGGAGUUCUCGCCGACAUCUGCAGAUCUCAGCCAAGACGACCAGGCCAACCUGCUGGCUCUCAUUUUGGGCCACAUUAUGAAGCCUCAAACCGAGGAGCAAGGCAAUGAAACAAAUGGCGACCAAUCAGAGGAGGCACUAACACGCGGUUCGUCCGCCUCUACUACUGAUCGCAAGGGCAAGUCUGGGUUUAGUCUUUAGAGGGUGGAAAAACGGGGAACCAGGGUCAGGUGAAAAACACUGGGGACUGCACAAAUGAGGAGAAGAGUAGGGCAGAGAACAAACAGAAGCUGACCGAGGUCUGGUACUCAGGAUUCCUGUACAUGCUAUCAAAUUAAUUACAUUUUAGACUACAUGAUGAAAUGAGCAAAAUGAAAAAUGAACCAAAUGAAUCAGGCUAAUUGACCUUUUCGCGUUCCCCUUCCUUUUACCCCUGACAUUCCUAAAAUACAUUUACUCACUAUUGUCUCUUUUAUCAGUGGCAAAAAUGCAAAAGAAAAACCUGGAAAAAUGUCUGUGUAACUAGGCAAAGCUUUGGUGCACAUGACAUCUCUCACCGGUGUACUUAAUAAAUCAAAAUAAAAUGUAGUGUUAUUCAUUGGAGUGAAAAGAAAGCUUCACACUGUAUUGUUCCCUUCCACAUGUCUCCCUUUUCCUUGUUUCUUUCUCACAGUCUUUGUUCUCUAUCUGUCCCACUUCCACGUUUUUCCUUCCUCACUUCAUUUUCAUUAUAAAGCUGAUUUUGAGGAUUCUUCAUAGGAAACAAUGUUGCUUUACGCAGUCUGUAAUGUCAGCCUUUUUAUGAAGAAAGUAAUAAAUUAUCAAGUGAAAAUAAAUGUUUUGAAUCUUUAGACCUCACCUGCAUGUGUCGCUUUUAACUUUGGUUUGUCACACAUUUUUUUUUGUUUGCUUUUAACUGUUCACUGACUCAGAUAAUAGUUAAAAAUGUAAUUAGCAAGUUAAAUAAAACUGGU